AUGGCUCAACCAAUGAUGCUGGCUUUGGCAAAACUCAUUUCUGACUCAGUGGCCAAGGUGGAUCAACUCUGUAUUGAACAGGGUGUCAUUUUCCCGUCUCUUGAUGACCCCUUCACGACCGAGAGCGAAAGCAUCAAGUUGCACCCAGAAGUAGCCGAGGCUGCAAACUAUAUUAUCAGCGCAGCAGCUCAGCUUAUUGCCAUCUUGAGGCCAGUUCCUGUCACUUUAUCGACGAGCGCCAUUCAUGUCCAUGUCUCUUCGGCGUUGCGCGUUGUAGUAGACUCAAACGUAGUUGAAAUUCUCCGGGAAGCCGGACCUCAGGGUCUUCAUGUAAAAAAGAUUUCAGAAAAGAAUGGAGUCGAGGCUGGAAAAUUAGAGAUCACUCCGGAUGUUUUUGCCACCAACCGUAUCUCGUCUGCUUUGGACACUGGCAAACCAUAUGAGGAACUGGUCAAAAAAACUGAUGAAUCUGUGAAAUCAUCUGGAUUCCUCUAUGAAGCUCUCACCUACUCCAGCUCAGAGAAAGCUCCUUCGCCUCCUUCACCGUUCAAUUUAGCCUUUAACACAGAACUACACAUAUUUUCAUGGCUGGCACAGAAAGGAAAUGAAUACAGACUUCAACGGUUUGGGAUAGCUUUCGACGGUUUCGACAAGAUGCUACCUGUUAAUGGAGUCACAAAGGGGUACCGUUGGGGAUCGCUCCCUAAAGGAAGUAUAGUUGUUGAUGUUGGCGGGGGUGUUGGGUCCGAAUCCAUGAAGAUAGCAAAGACGUUUCCAGACCUCAAGGUAAUCAUUCAAGAUGCAGAAGGUGUAGUGGCAAACGGGGUCAAGACUAAUGCCCUGCAGUUCUAUGAAACCCGAUUCCCAGAAGGGCUGUCAUCUGCUCACGAUUUCUUUACUCCUAACCCAGUCACCAAUGCUCGUGUGUUCUUCAUGCGCUUUAUUCUACACGACUGGCCCGAUGCUACUUGUGUUAAGAUCUUGAAGAAUCUCAGAGAAGUAGCUGCUCCGGAUACCGAACUCAUCAUCAACGAAUGCCUGAUUCAGUAUGCCUGCUCGACAGAGUCGGAUAUAUCGAAGAGCAUUCCUGGUGGUCGGUUCAAACCACCCCCGUCUCCAUUAUUACCCAAUCUUGGCUAUGCACGAAUUUUUCACUAUCUUAUUGACCUUCAGAUGGCGAUUGUUGCCCAUGGAGUUGAGCGCACUGUUGAACAAUACGCAUCGAUCUUGCAGAAGUCGGGAUGGAAGUUAAAAGAGGUCCUUCGCAUGCCAGAGUCUGCGUACAGCCUGCACAAGUUGGUCGCGGUACCUCAGCCCGAGUAA